UGACAGCAAACGGCGCAAUGAGAGACAGUUACAUAGAUUUUAACGACUGUAGGGAUUUUACGGUCCAAUCCUAGUGUAGAAACAAGGCGGGAUUUAGCGUUACCAAGGCAAGUCUGUGUGAAGUAUAAAGGGAAUAACAUGGUGUCCCAGUGGCUGUUUAUGUUUACUUAAAGAACGGAAGGGCGUUUUGUAAGACACAACGGAGUUUUCUUUAUAGUUACAGUUUUUUUGCACUUUAACUUUUUCAUGUUAAGAUUUACAAGGCCAGUGGCAUGUAAAUCUCAUAUUUCACUAAUGUGCCAGUCUUACAAAUGGAAAGGGGGCUUCACUUUGGAAACGUGAGCAUUUCCCUGGUGCUCCUGCUGUUGCUGAAAGCGCUCAUCGGAUUCGGGACUUCGCAAGCUCACGGCUCCGCCAUCGGGAGGGAGCCCCAGUCCGCCACCCGGGGCUCAGGUUCGACCACGGGGGAAGAUGGUGCAAGCGUCAUGGAGCGGGGCUUGGAGAACGUUGGCCCCCCGGUCAUUGUAGCAGACGUUACCGUUGAGGACGACGACAACGGUUCGGCGGGGGAAACCGACGACUCAUAUGGAGAAAGUAAAGGAAACGUCCAACCGACAAGGUCCCUUGUGAUCAUCAGUACCCUGGAUGGACGGAUCUCGGCUCUGGAUCCUCACAACCAGGGCAGGAAGCAGUGGGACCUGGAUGUGGGCUCAGGGUGCCUGGUGUCAUCCAGUCUCAGCAAACCUGAGGUGUUUGGCAAUAAGAUGGUAAUCCCUUCACUGGACGGUGCCUUGUUCACGUGGAACCGGGACAGGGAGACUAUGGAGGCAGUGCCUUUCAGUGUGGAGUCCCUGCUAGAUUCGUCUUACCGAAUCGGGGAUGACACUGUCCUGGUUGGGGGCAAAUCUCUUACCACCUAUGGUCUGGGGGCCUACAGUGGCAAGCUUCGGUACAUCUGCUCUGCAAUGGGCUGUCGCCGGGGAGAUGAGGAGAUAGAGGCCGAAGAUGUGCUCCUGCUACAGAGGACUCAGAAGACUGUGCGGGCCAUCAGGCCCCGAUCAGGGAUAGAGAACUGGAACUUCAGUGUUGGAAACUUUGAGCUGAAGCUACUAACUGAGACGCAGUCUGGAAUGAACUUCCUGGAGGGGGAAGGUGCCAAUGGCGACGCCUGGAGGGAGAGUCAGCGGGUCAUCACUGAUGAACCAAAAGAGAGGGUGCAGACGGAGAAGCAGCAGAGCCAGAAUCUGGACCUCGUCAUCAAAGUGUCUGUUCCAGAUUGGAAGAUCAUGGCCUUCAGCACGGAGCCUGAUGGACAGCUGAUCUGGGAACGACAUUUCUGCACGCCCAUCGCGUCGGCUUGGCUGGUGGGCGGGGGUAAAGUCACACCCAUCGCCUUGUUCGACGACAACGCCUACAGCAACCAGUCGGAAAUGGAUGAGGAGGAUGACGAUGACGAUUCGAAGAAGGCCAGAGGAGCUGAAGCGUCCAAUGUUUACCUUGGAAUGUUCCAGGGACAGCUCUACCUCCAGUCCUCAGUGAGGAUAAGUGAAAAGUUCCCCAGCAAAGCCAUCGGAUCAGAAGACGACAUCAUUCCACUGCCCACAGUCAAGUGGAAGCCUCUAGUCCAUUCCCCAUCUCGGACACCAGCCCUGGUCGGCUCGGACGAAUUUGACAAGUGUUUGAAUAAUGACAAGUUCUCCCACGACGAAUACAGCAACGGAGCCCUAUCCAUCCUUCAGUAUCCAUAUGACAACGGCUACUACUUCCCCUACAGCAAGCGUUACCGGGAGAAACGCAACAGCGCCGUAAGCUUGAUAAAGGGAAACGGGGCAGGAGCAGAGAGUCGCAGGAGAAAGGACCCUGUGCUGCUGCUGCCCUGGUGGAAGGAGAUCCUCGGCACCAUCAUCUUCUGCAUCGCCGCCACCACCUACAUCGUCCGCAAAUUCUUCCACCCUCCCGCCCCGGUGGCCUAUGUGAGGCAACGUAAAGAGUCGGAGACACAGUGCCAGACAGACUCCAAGUUUGACCUUGAGGUUGUGGAAUCCAAAGAGCCGGUUGCCAUGGAGACCCGUUUCAGCGAAUAUGUGUCCAGGUACCUGACUGACUUUGAGCCAGUGCAGUGCCUUGGCCGCGGGGGCUUCGGCGUCGUCUUUGAAGCCCGCAACAAAGUGGACGACUGCCACUACGCCAUCAAAAGAAUCCGUCUGCCCAACAGAGAGCUGGCGCGUGAGAAGGUGAUGCGAGAGGUGAAGGCCCUGGCCAAGCUGGAACAUCCAGGAAUUAUCCGCUACUUCAACGCCUGGCAGGAGAGCCCCCCCGAGGGCUGGCAGGAGGAGAUGGACCAGAGGUGGCUGAAAGACGCCAGUACCACAGACUGGCCAAUGAGCUUCCUCGACCACAUGGAGGCGCUGUCAGUCAAAGUUCCAGUGUCCAGCUCCGUGUCCCCUGCCUCUGGGCCCGGAGGAGACGUCCUGGAGGCCUCCGUGGACGCCCGUGCGCUGCUCUUCAGCAGUGCCGGUAGCGCUGUAGGUUUUGACGACGGAGACCUGUCCUUCCACCCGCUGCUGGGCCACGACAGCCUGAUGUCUGAGAGGGACAGCCAGGCGGACCCCGACGCCUCCGACACCCCCCACUCCUUUGAGCUGUGUCCUCCGCGCGGCCCCAGCGACCGCACCUCUUCUUCCUUUGACAUCGUGUUCGAGGACUCGGGCUGCGACCGAGACGCCGACGCAGACACAGACUCGGUUUCUGGCGCUGCCAGUCCCAGCACGCUGACGGAGAAGAACAGCUCGUCUUCCUCGCACACUAGACAUCAGGAAUCUGUCCCGCCCUCCUCUUCCUCUCCCCCCCGGCCGACCUCCCUCACCCUGGCUCUCCCCCCAACUCCCUUAACCCAGCGAGUCCAGCCCUCUCCCAAGGUGUACCUGUACAUCCAGAUGCAGCUCUGUCGGAAAGAGAACCUGAAGGACUGGAUGGCUCAGCGCUGCCUCCCGGAGCAGAGGGAGCACAACCAGUGUCUAGAUAUCUUCCUCCAGAUUGCAGAGGCCGUUGACUUCCUGCACAGCAAGGGGCUCAUGCACAGGGACCUCAAGCCCUCCAACAUAUUCUUCACCAUGGAUGACGUGGUGAAGGUGGGAGACUUCGGCCUGGUGACGGCCAUGGACCAGGAGGAGGACGAGGACGAGCCGAGCGCCCUGACGCCCGCCCCGCUGCUGACCCGCCACACGGGCCAGGUCGGCACCAAGCUCUACAUGAGCCCGGAGCAGCUCUCUGGAAACUCGUACUCUCACAAAGUGGACAUCUACUCUCUGGGUCUGAUCCUGUUUGAGCUGCUGUAUCCGUUCAGGACCCAGAUGGAGAGAGUGAGGACGCUGACAGAGGUGAGAGCGCUGCGGAUCCCAGAGGUUUUCUCCAAGAACAAUGUUCAGGAGCUGAGUAUGGUGCGGAGCAUGCUGUCGUGGAGCCCCAGCGAGCGUCCCGAGGCGGUGGAGAUCACAGGGACCCCCCUCUUCCAGGAGCUGGAGCUGCCUUGCCGACUGGCCGUGAGGCAGCGCUCCCGCACCUACAGCGCCUCGUCCAUGGGCCGACCCUCACGCCAGACAUCCGCUACCUGAAAGUCCUACAACACCAUAUGUAACCCCCAUCUUCCCUUUCACCCCCCACCCCCACCCCCGGUGUUCUGCUGUCCAAGAG